UGGCCUCUACAUAACCUGCCUCGCCGCCGUCGCCCCCUCCAUCUCAAUCCCACACUGCCACUCCCGCAGAGCGUAACAGACUUCCGGUGAUCGAUACAACGUGUAGAGCAGGCGACGAGCAAUCUCGGAAGGAGAAGAUGAGUUCCGGCAGCGGCAGGGGCAAGCCCAAGGGGACCAAGGCGGUGUCACGGUCGUCCAAAGCCGGACUGCAGUUCCCCGUCGGCCGCAUCGCCCGCUACCUGAAGACGGGCAAGUACACCGAGCGCGUAGGCGGUGGCGCGCCCGUCUACCUCUCCGCGGUCCUCGAGUACCUCGCGGCAGAGGUCCUAGAGCUGGCGGGCAACGCGGCGCGCGACAACAAGAAGAACCGGAUCGUGCCGUGCCACAUCCAGCUCGCUGUGCGCAAUGACGAGGAGCUGAGCAAGCUUCUGGGUGCGGUCACUAUAGCCGCCGGCGGGGUGUUGCCCAACAUCCACCAGACGCUGCUGCCCAAGAAGGCUGGCGGCAAGGGUAAGGCCGAGAUCGGCUCCGCCUCGCAGGAGUUCUAGACUGGCAGUUGCAGGCGACUUGCAUCCUUCUCUCUAGUUCACACUCAGCACGAAUUGGAUGGAGACCGCUGCUGAAGCUUCUUAGAAUAGUAGUACCAACUAGCAAUACUAGCGUCUUGCCUAGGUUAGGGUAGGUUCUGUGAUGGGUGUUUUAUCAGGUUAAGUUUGUGGUGAAUGAAAGUUGGCUGUAUCUAUCAACCAUUCUUGCUUCAAUGAACGGAAUGGUUACUUGCUGUGAUCUUGUUCCUUUGGGUUUGAAGUUGAUACUGAUUGUGAUCUGUGGAUUGGUUGUACAGUUGUGCUGAUGGUAACAUCCUCAUUGGGAGAUCAACAAAAUUCUUACCAUA